UAUUCUCUUCCAGGACUUCUGUCAUUAACUCUGUGUAUACAACAAGAGUAUAUUCUGAUCAAUCAGUUAAUGACAUGGGAAGAUGCACAGAAUUACUGCAGGACACACCAUAUUGACCUGGCCACCGUUCAGAGUAAUGAAAACUGGACCCGUCUGCAAGAAGCCGCAGAUGAAAAACAGUUUUCUGGCUUUGCCUGGAUCGGACUGUACAACGAUAUCAACAGCUGGCGCUGGUCCUAUAACGAGGAGAGUCUGGUGUUCAAGAACUGGGGACUUGGUCAGCCAGAUAACUACGGUUUGGGAGAGGAGUGUGUUGCGAUAUUUGAUAAUGGAGCCUGGUUUGAUUUCUACUGCAGCGACUCAAGAUAUUUUGUGUGCUAUGAUGGAAGUGCAAACGCAACAGAGAAAAUGGUUUUGAGCAAGAAUGCAAAGACGUGGAUUGAUGCUCAGGAGUACUGCAGACAGCAUUACACAGAUCUGGCUACCAUUAGAAAUAAAGCUGACCAAGACAGCAUAACCAGCUUGCUAAAUAUUGUCUCGCCUGCUGUCUGGAUCGGAUUGUACCGGGACAGUUGGAAGUGGUCAGAUCAAUCCAACGUCACUUCCUCAACUCAAGUCACUACUCGAGGAUUUACUCGGUGGAAUGAAAACUGUGCUGGUUUAAAUAUUUAUUAUCGUUUUAUUGAUGAUAGAUUUUGCACUAUUACUUAUUACUUCUACUGUAGCACAGUCAAGAAGAAGAGGCAGGUUAUCCAAGUACAGGUGAAAGCCGCUGAGAACAUGGAUGAAGCUAAACUGAAGGCACUCGUCUUAAACAAGUUAAAGCAGACGCUGAUCAAUCAGGACGUCUCUAUGACAUGGAGGACACAACCCAGCGGGAAAGUCUUCCAGAAGAAGUGGACUAUACCGAAACGUACUAAAGCAAAUACUACUCUUGAUUGUCCUUCCUUGGAGUGAAAUUUAUGUAAAAUGACUGCAAUUAAUUCUUCGUACAGUUAGUUACUUAGUUUCUGAAUUAUACAUUAGAUUAACAAUUUAUAGUAAUCGCUCAAAAAUAUCUGCAAUUUAUUUUCCAUUUAUUCAUUUAUUUGACAGAUAUGUAUAUCUAAAUAUGAGCCAACAAACAGAUGUAGU